GGCGCUGGCGGGGCCAUGGCAGCCGGGAGCAUCACCACGCUGCCCGCCCUGCCGGAGGACGGCGGCAGCGGCGCCUUCCCGCCCGGCCACUUCAAGGACCCCAAGCGGCUGUACUGCAAAAACGGGGGCUUCUUCCUGCGCAUCCACCCCGACGGCCGAGUGGACGGGGUCCGCGAGAAGAGCGACCCUCACAUCAAACUACAACUUCAAGCAGAAGAGAGAGGGGUUGUGUCUAUCAAAGGAGUGUGUGCGAACCGUUACCUUGCUAUGAAGGAAGAUGGAAGAUUACUGGCUUCUAAAUGUGUUACAGACGAGUGUUUCUUUUUUGAACGAUUGGAAUCUAAUAACUACAAUACUUACCGGUCAAGGAAAUACUCCAGUUGGAUUCUGUUGUAUCAAUCCAUCACCAUGAUAAAAGCUGAAGAAUGAGAAAUUAUGACAUCCUCAUAAAGCUUCAAAUUCAGCCUCCGUGCUCUGCCUAGUGAUGCUGGAGCUGGGACUCUGCUAAGCAGUUUUGGUCUUGCCAACUGACUCCCUGUUAGGUUCCACCAACAGACUACAAGGCUGGAGGAGGAAGAAGGGAGCAGCUCCUCCCGUCUGCUUCCUGUGGGCUUCCCGUGUGCUUGUGGAUCCUGUAUCGCCUCAGCAUGCUUCAUUCUGGCAGCAGCAGCUCCUUCCCAUAGCAACAGCCAAAUCUACUUUGCAGCUUCCCAGCACUUCCAACAUAAGCUUCAUUGUGUCCCCUCCCCAGAGACACCAGCCAGCCGAUGCUGGGUCCCAGGCCCUCUGAGUUCAGAGACAUCAGCAGCUGAAAAGCAUUUCUUAUUAGAGAUUUGAUUAGCCAUGUGCAGUCCCAAAUGAAGGGAUGCACAACCUACCAGAAUGGUAUAA